AGAUGGAUACAGGUUGACGCCAAAGUGACAAACUAUGCGAAUGAGGCGAAGGACAAUGUGAAAUUCCUAUAUGCUUUGGAAGAAUACUGUGAACCGUUGUACCGUCGAGAUCCGGUGACCAUGGUAGACUGUUUACCAAAGCUAAUCAACGCCGUUCGAUUGAUCUAUGGUGUAUCUACCUAUUAUAACACGGCCGAAAAUAUCACCUCUUUACUGGUCAAGAUAACCAAUCAGAUGAUUUUGGCUUGUCGCGCCUAUAUAUUCGAUCGGGGCAGACGAGACAUGUGGACAAAGCCGUUUGCAGACACCGUGAGAAGACUCAUUGAUUGUUGUCGUUUGAACGAGGCGUAUCAGGAGAACUUUCAUCGAGUCAAAGAAGAACUGGACCGUCGUCCUGACUCACGAAAGUUUGAUUUCUCCGAAAUAUACAUCUUUGGUAAAUUCAAUAUAUUUUGUCGUCGACUGCAAGCGAUCCGGGAUGUUCUGGAGCAGACGGAACACUAUGCACAAAUGCAAACAUCAAAUAUUGAAGGCUUGGCACCCCUGAUUGGACAGUACACCACAGCAGUGACUCAGCUGACAAAGAAACCGUUGAAUGUUUUGGAUCAACGUGAUACUGAAGUAGAUGAAGAAUUUGAACUAUUUUUUGAACGCAUGAAAGCAAUUCAGACAGGUCUUGAGGAGUUGUUUGCUUCCAAACUGGACCUCAUCCCCAGUGCUCAAAUGGCCAUUCAGGUGAUUCAACAAUUUGACCAGUUAAGAUUGGUCGAGUCUGCUAUUGAACCGGGCUAUUUUCGAGCCCUAAUCCAAUUCAGUAAAGAAAUUGAUCAAGUGGCAAGGGAAUACAAGAAACACAAGGAUCAACCGGCUAUUCCGUGGGACAUGCCUCCUGUGGCAGGUUCAGUGCAGGUGAGUAUGGCACAAGCCAUAGGAGCCUAUCGCCGGGGCAUUCUGGUUCCAUGA